CUUCACACCAAAAGUCAACAUGAUACAGCAAUAGAAAUAGAAAUAGGUAAUACAAAAAAUAGUGAACUUGUUUGCGGAUGGAAAAUAAAAACAGAAAUAUUAAAGAAAAUGAACCAUUUAAAAAACACAGAUGCAGAACGUUUAAAUCCAUGUUUAAAGGAGCAAGAACAGUCAUAUCAAUGCCUUAACAAUAAUGGAUUUGAUCACGAAAAGUGUGAAGCCCAUUUCGAUAACUAUAGAACGUGUAAAAAAUUCUGGGGAAAAGUUUCAAGAGAUAGGAGAGCCAGAGGUAUAGUGCCAUACUUACCUAAUGUAGAUGAGAGGGAGAAAAUAAAAGCCGAAUAUAUUCAAAAGAUGGGACAAUUAUAAAUUAUGACUAAACUAAAAGGAUCUUUUUAAGCAAAGUUAAGGGUUACAACUAAAAUAAAGGACUAAACAUUGUGUUGUUUGUAUUCACAGAGUGAAUUAGUAAUGUAAAAUAAAUCUAAUAUUUGUAACUCAAGUAUGCUGCUACAAUUUGCCUAUGUAUUUUGUUUACAAAAUACUUGUACAUAAUAAUAGUAAUUUACUUAUUAUCUAUUAGUAAAGGUAUAUGUUGUGUUAUACCAGCAGAAAAUUUACAAUACUUCACUUUGGACCUGUAUAAUUAUGGUAUACACCAAACUUCUGUCUGUUCUGAAGAUAAGGCAAGGCAUGCAAUGUAGAAAAAUAUCUCAGCAAAGUUAUAAUAAUCUCAGUGCACUUUGGCAUGUUGCAACUUCUGAAUUGAUUAGAAGUUUGGGGCAUACAAAUAUUAUAUUUACUUAUCUGUAUUUAGUUGUUGUUUAUGAAUUAAAGUACUGUAUGCAUUUAAUAUUAAAAAGGCUGAAGUUGUAUAAUUUACCACUUUACCAUAAAUUUAUUAAUAUCACCUUUUAUAUCUAUUAAGAAACCUGUUACACUGUUGUGUUUUAAUAUAAUAACUGAACAUUAUUUCUAAAAGAUUUUAAAGACAUAUUUUGUACUUUGUUUCAAUUAUUAAUACAUAACUGUAGGUAUGCGAAAAUAAUAAAGUAUAUUCUAAAAUA